AUGGAAGAAGCUCCCAGAAACAGCGGCCUGGUGGCUGCCACCCUCCGGCUCAGAAGACCCCGGUCGCUGCCCGGGGGUGUCUCAGGAAGCUACGUGCAACCCCAGCACCCCUUGCCUACGACUUUCGAGGGCGUCCCGCGGCCCCUACGGUGGCCCUUGGGGACGGCGACCCAGGGUCGCACACGAGGGGCCUGCGCCUGGACCUCGGCACUGCCCGGCCGCGUGUCUCCCCGCGAGGACCCUGCACAGCCAACCGGGUCAGGACAAGCAGCCCCCACCCCGCUGCUGUGGCCCAUCCGCCCGGACCCGGCGCCGCCCACAGCCGCGGGGCUGCCGCCCGACUCAUUACCAGCGGGCACCUGGGGCCGGGCACCCAGACAUGCGGAAGGCGAGGUGCCCGCUCCCGAGGGCUCACCCGGCAACCAGGGGGAGCAGGCCCACGGAGCCACAAGCGGGUUUCCUCUCCGGGUUCCCUGUCGGGGUCCCACGAGCCCGCGCGGCAAAGGGCCAGCUCCGUGGGCGCUCAGCGUUGUCCUCGUUGUGAUCCCGGGAGUGAGCUCCCCGUCCCUGAGGGUGUGUAAGCAGAGCGCUGGGGAGCGGCUGGCAAGGAUUCUACGAAGCGCCUCACGGGCCGGGCGAGACUCGGGAACAUCUAAACUUCUCGUCUCAAAGGUCCCCCAGUUUCCGCGCCCCCCGCAGCCCCACCAACACUGCCGCACAGCUGAGCCGAGCGCUGAUGGCAAAGGGCGGGCAAAAUGUCAGAAAUUUCCCCCAGAGACCGUGGAAGGGGUUUUUGUGGGUUUUUCUCUUCCUCUAGCUUGCCGGAAGCCCCAGGGCAAUAAAACUCCAGCAGAAAUGCCCCGCCCACCCCCAGCAGGAGGCGCUUGGCACGGCUGCGGCUGCGAGCUGCGGCCCCCUGCCCCCUGCCCCCUGCCCUCCCUGCCCACUCUGUCCCCGCCAGGCAGGGGCGAAGGGAGCGGGCGGCCUGGGAGGGAAGGGUCUUUCCUCCCACAGCUGAGAUUAUGGGGCCGGAGCCACCGGUCAGAACCUUGGCUGCGGUCGCUCUGGGGAGAAGCGGCUCACAGCAGGGCCGCGGAGGGAAGGCUUCCUGGAGGCAGGGGUGCCAGGACCGCGGGACAGGCUGGGGUGCAGAGGGCAGCCCGGGGCACACAGGCAUGUCAAAGGCCCAGAGACCUGAAAGCACGAGGAAGAGAGGCCAAGGGGAAAAGCCUGGAAAGCCAUGACGGGGGCCUGUCUGCAAGCCAAGAAGGGAAGACUUCUCACCAGAAACCAAACCCAGCUAGAACCCUGGCCUUGGACUUCUAGCCAGCAGAACUGUCAGGAAACAAACGUCUGUUGUUGCAGUGGCCCCCACACCCCACCCCAGCCCCGACUCCCCGUCUGUGGUGUUUUCCUAUGGCUGCCUGGGAGGACUGAGAUGGACGGAUGGACGGAUGGGGCAUGGGAGGCCGAAGGAACGGGGAGGGGUGAAGGGGCAGACGGGGGAUGGCAGGCC